AUGGCCUUUCUCGAGGACCAGAGUCCCUCGUCGCCAUUGUCGCUGACCGAGUGCCUCCAACUCUGGCGCGGCUUCUACGUGGCGCUCUACAUGCACGACAGCAAAAACGCCCUGUCGGUCCAGAAACUCAUCGCCGAACUGGCCGGGACGCUGAGGAUCGUGGACGGAAAAGACCACGACUCACAGGCUGCAUCCGGGUCAGAUAAGCCGGGAGAUCACCCGUGGCUCGACGUGUGGGUGACCGCCUUCUGGGAAACCGUGAGCAGGGAGUGGGUCUCGAUCGACCAGUGGCGCAUGAACAAGGUCCUCCUGCUCGUGCGUCUCGUCGUGAGGGAGCUGUUCAGCCUCGCGCUCGGCUGGGCCGCGGACGCCACGUCCGAGUCGCGCACCCUGCAGAGUCUCGUCGCGAGUCAACUCGAGAUCCUCGAAUCCUGGCCCCUCAGCCCUCGCGAGCGCAAGGUGCCGGACGGGCUAAGGCUGCAUGUCCUGGACGUCUGGGUCGACGAGCUCGCCGGUCAACUCCGCGCCGCCGAAAAUGCCAUCGACGAGGCCGAGCAGAGUGACAGUGCCGGUGACGGCGCUGCAGCCAAGAAAGCGGUCCUCCUCGACACCGCCAAAGCGUUCAUGACUCCUGUCGAAAAGCUCACUAAAGAGGCACUCAGCAAGGGAGUCAAGGUCAGGGCCAAGGAGGCUGUACAACUGGCCGAGGAGAAACUCUCCCGGUAA